UUCAUUCAAUUUCAUUUUGGCUACUUCAUCCGCCGCCCUCUCUGCUCUAUCUCUAUCUCGAUCUCUCAGCUGCAAGACACUGCUCUUUCUCGAUCCAUUUAGCAAGACCUUGAUUGAUGUUUGCCCCCAUCAUCAUCUGAUAAAGCCCUUUGACACACACACAAUUAGACGAUCAACAUAAACCCUCACACACACAAUCAGACGAUCAAACAUAAACCCUAGCGCACACAAUCAGACGAUUCUUGACCAAGGAGAAAAACCGUGUCUCGCCGCCGAUUCUCCUCUUCCGGUUUUCUUCUCCGGUCGAUUCUCUGGCCGAAGUUCGGUCUCUCUCUCUCUCGGAUUCUCCUCUUUUUCCUCUCUUCUCCCUCGGGAAAACAUAAGAGAACUUCAAAAAAGUUACUCUGACUCGCCUAUUGGCAGCUCCAAUGAUUCUCCAUUGUGAGGGGAGAAGAGAGAACUGGUCGUGUGCGGAUGCUUGGCUUCGGACCUACACCAAGCGAUGUUUGGGGGCCCUCUCCUAGUAAAGCUGAAUUAAUUAAUAAUGCUAAAAAAUCUCAGGAGGAGGCACGUGCAACACGUGUAGAGUUGCAGGAGACGAUUUCAAAAAUGCAAGCCGACUAUGACAACAAGUUGGAAAAUUUACGAGCCAACUACGACGACAAGUUGGAUAAUUUACAACAACAGGUGGCUAUGCUAAUGCAGACGCAACAACAAAAUUGUAGUAUACAGGAUUCUGAUUCUUUAAAUGCUCCUCCUAGAGUAUCCCCAAAUCCAUUUUCUAGUCGUGAUGCCAAUUCAGUUAAGGGUAAUUCAAAUCAAAUGGGCAAGAAGACUUGUUGAAGUUGAAGUUGAAGAUGGGGUCGUGGCUGUGCUUUUUGAAUUUCCUUCGCCUUGGAUGGGUUCUUUUUGAAAAACUUGUACUACAUUUGUUAAAAAUUCUUAAUUCUUUUUGUGUGACAUUUAGUACCCUUAUCUAGACAAUUUGGAUGGUAUUUUCAUAUAGGCAGGUUAACUUGUGGUUGUAUUAGUAUACAUUUUUUACUAGCUUAACUUGUGAUGGUAUUAGUAGCCAAUUUCGAUGGUAUUUUUCUUA